CGCGCUCUGUUAGUGUGUGUACAUGCUAAAGGAUGUCGGAAAACGCUGAGUCUCCCACAGAAACACAAAAAGACGAAUCAUCCACACAGCACAAUGCUGGCGCAGAUCCUGGAGAUUCUGGAAAGCUGGAUGACAAGAAAAAAAUUGACGUGCUGUUGAAGGCAGUUGGAGACACGCCGAUAAUGAAGACUAAGAAAUGGUCGGUGGAGAAAGGAAGGACCGUGCAGUCUCUUGCUCAGUUCAUUUCACGCUUUCUUAAACUCGAGCCUAAUGAACAACUGUUUAUAUACGUCAAUCAGUCAUUUGCUCCGUCACCAGAUCAAGAAGUUGGUGUACUUUUUGAGUGUUUCGGAAGUGAUGGGAAACUUGUUCUGCAUUAUUGCAAGUCACAAGCCUGGGGAUGACCAAUUUAGACACACCCUUUAUGACCCUUUGUUUUGUAAUGUUCUAACUUUUUGUUGUGUAAUAAAUGUAAAUAAAUUAUUGUGACGUAUUAACUCA